CAAAUCUCGAGAAGAGUGGGGGAUUAACUUGUGGUAUUGUCCAGAACGCCAACAACAUCUGCUGAGAGCUAGCUAGUCAGUCCACCCCGGCACCUCUCGCCUACUGUGGUACAGGCUCACAUCGGAUGUUCUGGCCAAAAGUCACCUGACAAGGCAUGCUCGUCGCCACGGCCCACGUUUGCAAGGCUCGCUCUUAAACACCCGGAUUCCGGCCAAAGUUCCAUUGACAACCAGCUAAUGAAGCGCACUCGAUCUCAAGUCUCGCCGACAAUGUCACCCGGCGCAGAUAACGAAGGCUUUGAUGUCCAGGCCAAGGUCAACGGCCAUACCAAUGGAUUUGACAGCGAGGUGGAAAAUGCUGUCAUCGUUGGUGGUGGGCCAGCCGGGUUAAUGCUUGGAUCGAACCUGGCUCGGUAUGGUAUCAAGGCUAGGAUCGUUGAUGACAGAGAUGACAAGACGUCGACGGGGAGGGCAGAUGGUCUGCAACCAAAGACCAUUGAGACCUUUAAGCAGUUAAGGCUCGCGGAUUCACUCCUGCGCAAGGGUGUUAAGAUCUACGAUAUCUGUUUCUGGAGUUCAACGGUCACCAAACCUCUACACCGCACAAGGAGGGAGAUACACUAUCCUUCCGAGCUGGAUGUAAAGGACCCCUUCAUUCUCCUUGUUCACCAGGGAAUGGUCGAAGACAUCUUCAUUGAGGAUAUUAAAGAAAGGGGCAUCGAAGUCACGAGAAGCUCACCGUUCCAACGUUAUGUGGCGACAGACGAUCCUGAUGCGCCGAUCGAAGCUAUUUGCCAUGAUACAAAGACCGGUUCCAGUCGGUCGUUCAAGACCAAGUACCUCAUCGGAUGCGAUGGAGCACAUUCCAAUGUCCGGAAGAGUAUUCCCGGUGCCCAGAUGGUCGGAGAGAGCAGCAACUCCAAAUGGGGUGUCCUUGAUGGGGUGAUCGAGACUGAUUUCCCCGACCUAUGGAGCAAAGUCGUCAUUCAUUCGGAAACCGAAGGCACUGUCCUUUGCAUUCCCCGAGAACGCAACAUGACCAGACUCUACAUCGAGCUGGACCGAAAUCUGCAAGACAGCGUGCCCACGGAAGCAACACAAGACUACGUUAUGAAGAAAGCUCGGGCCAUUAUGGCACCAUUUUCGGUCGAAUGGACAGUUGUCGAAUGGUUCAGCGUCUACAAAGUCGGCCAACGAGUAGCCAGCACAUUCUCAGCCGAGAACGACCGUGUGUUCAUCACGGGCGAUGCUGGCCAUACUCAUUCACCCAAAGCCGCUCAAGGCAUGAACACAUCCAUGCACGACACUUUCAACCUGGCCUGGAAACUCAAUUUGACCAUCCGUGGGCUCGCAACACCGGAUCUCUUGUCCACCUACCAGCACGAACGACGCAAGAUCGCCCAGGACCUGAUCAACUUCGACUUCGAGCACGCUGCUGCCUUUGCUGAUGGCGAUUCGAAAGCUCUAGCCGACAACUUCGCCACCAACGUCGGCUUCAUCUCCGGCGUUGGUGUCAAGUACGCCGCUAAUGUCCUCAACUACCCAGAAAAGGCGCCUCGAGGAGCUCUACGGGCCGGCGAGCUCAUGCCUCCUGCGCAGGUCACUCGCUACAUCGACGCCAAUCCCGUCGAUGUCCAGCUCGACAUACCCAUGCUCGGUCAAUUCCGUGUGUACUUUUUCGUGCCCAACGUCCAUUCCGCCAAGCCCUUCUUGAACGCCGUCUGCAGUCACAUCUCGUCAAGCAACUCCAUACUCGGUCGAUCCACUGCGGCAGCUGCCAAGUCAUAUGCACAAUUGAACCUUCCUCCUGUCGAGGCUGAUAACUUCAUUCAGCCGGGACGGUACACGGCAGCAUCACACCUGUUCACGUUUGCGACGGUGACGACCAUGCAGAAAUCCACAGUUGAGAUUGCGGAUCUGCCCAGCUUACUGCAGAAGAGUCGAUGGACGUUCUACAUGGACGAUCUGAAGGAUCAGAAGGCUGGAAAGUCAUGUACGGAGAAGUGGCUGGGUGAAAUCGGGCAGGAUGAGGUGGCUAUCGUCAAUAUUCGACCAGACGGCUAUGUUGGCAGUGUUGGACGGUUUGACGGAAAGGGCGAUGGCGCCGCUGCUGCGCAAUGGUUGGACAUGUACUAUGGUGGAUUCUUGAAGGCAUGAGUUCCGAGAUUUGCAUACACCAGUAGAUCGUAUUCUUAAUGACAAUUCACGUACAUCUUUGA